CUGUUCCGUUUUUUUCCUUCUUCAUUUAUUUAUUUAUACUAGGAAAAUAUUUAAAGAAUAUUUUAAAUAACAUAAACAUUAUAUUGGUGUCUAAUACUAAACCCGAAUAUAUCUAUAUAUAUAUAUUUAAACGUAUUUAACCAACUUGAACCCAAUAUUGUGAAUUUCUAACUAUCAACGAACCACGACGACAAUGCCGACUAUCUGUGGGAUUAACGCUCACUGGAACUGAACGAUGGAUCUGGCAGAUCAAAUCGAUGACUAUAUCUGUUCGUUCGAGGGAAUUGGUGACUUAACAAUGGACUCUCUGGCCAUCUUCAUUUUCCUGUGGGCCGUUCUGGCCCUCUUCUCCGUCUGGCUGAUCAAGCUCCUCUACCACAAGUAUCUCAACAAGGCCAACAAGUCCCCCAGUGCGGCCAAUAGUCGCCAGAGUAGUGUGGCUCCCGGUUCGGGUUCCGUUUCGGGAUCCCCAACUGGCAAACCAGAGAAGCGUCUCUCGGAACCGCGUGAUUUGCUGGCCACCAAGAGCAAGGUGGAGGAUCUAUCCAAGCCACUGGCUGGUGGCAUUUCAUCUGGCGGACGUGGUCGCUCCUCCGCUUCGCCCCUGAACUCCGCCGGAUCCUUGGGUGCCGCUGGUGCUGGAGCUGCUGGUCCACGUCGCCGGGUGGUGCGUCAGAGUUCCACCGGGCCGGAGAAUCGCAAGAAGCGAUAUGUUCCACCGCCCUCCAAUGUCGUGGGUCCGGAAACGAGCUCUGUUACCUGGACCAGCCAGGUGUUCCGCUGGCUCUACAGCGACCUGGUCAUCGUCAACGAGCUGCUCAUGUCCUGGGUGAUUGCCAUCAAUGACACGCUGCGCAAGUCCGUCGAGGAGCAUGGCGUGGCCGUGGAAGUGGUUCGCGUUCUGCCCGAUAGCCCAGCUCCGGGAUUAAAUAAUAUCUUUUGCAAUUGCGAUGAGAACAAUCCAGCUGAUAUGCUCAUCACCUUUGACUGCGAUGCCAUGCCGGUGCUGCAGGUCAAGACGUUCCGUCAGAAGGCCGGCAAGGUGGAGACCUCCCAUUACAAGGUCACCGUGUCCAGGUUCCGAGCUCGCAUGGCCAUACCCAUGAACUACAAUACCCUGAAGGGCGAAAUGCGAGUGGAGGGUUACCCAGAUGUACGCAUUGCCAUGAACAGUGUGGGUGCCAUCAAGGCAAUGGAUCAGGAUGAACAGCAGCUGCAGACAGUGAUCAGUGAUAUCCUGACGACGGCAUUGCGUGAUACCAUCUAUCCGGUGGACUUCUCCAUCUACUCGACUUGCCCCCGGGCCGAAGUGGAGCCUUUGGAGCUGCCUGUAAUCUAUCCCGUCCACUAUGACUCGCUGGCGCACAACAUGGAGCAUCAUCUGAGUGGCGGUGGACUAAGGGACUCGCAGCACUUGGUCGCCGGCCGAAGGCUCCUCGUGAAGAUUGUCAAGGGUGAAGGCCUGAGGGAUGCCCAUGAUCCCUAUGUGGUCAUCGAGAUGGAUGAGCCGGCGCAGAAGAACCAAACGGGCACCCAGCGUGGCACCAAGCCCUACUGGGAUGAGCACUUCCUCUUCGAACUCUCCCCACAAUCAGCUGAGAUCCUGUUUGAGGUUUAUGACCAUCCGGUUAUAGCCUCCGAUCCGCCCAAAUUCCUGGGUCUCGGCCUGGUUGGCAUCGAUGAGCUGGCCGUGGGUCCUGCCUCCACACAACUCCUGCAGCUGCAGCCACGUCCCUAUGAGACUCAGCCCGUUUCCGGUGCCAUCACCGUGGACUUUGUGUUCAUCGAGGGUGCCGAGAUCCCGGCUGGAGUUCGUCCUCAGCGCCUGAAGGAGGCUUUGCGUCUCAGCACGCCGGCCAUUAACGAGCACAUCCGGAACGGUGCCGACCUGGCGGAUGCGGCCGUUAGGGCUCUGCAGGAUGGAGCACUCUCAAACACUAGCAGCGGUGGGCAGCCCAGCAAGAGCACUCUGAUCAUACACAGUGUCCAGCGGAAUUCGACCGGCCCGAAUGCAUUUAAGGUCGAGGUCAACAAGGAGGGUCACAUCGAGGUGAUCCAGUCACCGAGCGAGCUGGAUCAGACGGUGGCCCAGGCCUUUGAGCGGGCUGCCAACGAGGCCCAGGCUGAGCUUGAGCUGGAGAAGGCCAAGCUGGAGUUGGAGCCCGGUCAGGGUGACACACUCAACGACUCAGGUAAUGGUACCGUCAACGAGGACAGUGUCGCAGAGUUUGGUCAGCCCAAUGCCGCCUCAUCGCCCAAUGGCAGUGGUUAUGGCCACAACAACUAUAGCCUCAAUGGGAAUGGCAACUCGGGAGGAGGUGGUUACAACAGCCUGCCCAGGAAUGGUGCCGCCUCGCAUCAGCAGAUGGGUCAUCUGAAUGCCGGCCUAGUACUCGAUGGCCAGGACGUGGUGGAUGCGGAUCGUGGAAGGAGCAAAAAACGUAAUUUCUUUGGCACCCUGAAGAAGCGGCUAAGCCGCUCCAAGACACGUACCCUCUCGGCCGAUCAGCCCAAUAAUAAUAAAAAUAGCAGUCAUAAGUCACUAUCAGCCACCAACUCGAAUACAGCGACCACAGCCACCGGAUAUCCCCGUACAGCCACCGGAACCCUCAAUGGUGAUUCUUCCCGUUCAUUAUCUGUCGAUCGUGCCACUACUCUGUCCAAAAGCAAUUCACUUGGACCCCGCAUGGGCAUUGGUCACUCCAUCACCGACCACUCACGCCGCUCCUCAAUUUCAGAAUCAUCGGCCAUCUCAGGUUUCUCCUCGGCCAGCAAUAAGACCUAUGUGCACGAGGCCUCCACCUUGGUGCUGGAAACGGUAGAGAAUGGCAUCAAGCGCCACUUUAUUGUGCCGCUGGCCAUUGCCCAGAGACCGCGCUGGCGUCGCAAGGGUACCAAGCUGCACAUUUACAACGAUCACACCUUCAUCGCCAAGCAUUUGAGCGGAAGCGGCCUGCAGUGCUCCAUCUGCAUGAAGUCCAUACCACGUAGGCCCGGCAAGCAGGGCUACGAGUGCCGCGACUGCCAGCUGAUCUGUCACAAGCAGUGUCACAUACGGGCGCCCCAGUCGUGUCCCAAUCCCACGGUGCUCUCCAUGGAACUAACGUCAUUUCCGAACCAAACUUAGCUCGGCGGCGGCAGAUCGCAGUAUACGAAAGCUGUGAGGGGAAUCUAUCUAGAUCCCCACAAACCGAGAAACCUUAAUCGAAAUACUACUCCUAGUUUGAGAUUAGAAGGAUCCUUUUUCUUCUGUUGUGGAAAGCCCCCAAUAUCCGAUACACUACGUUAUUUAUUUAUACACACACACGAACCCACAUACACACCAUGUGCAAUAAGUUCUUUGGUUUCGUUUUUUUAAUACCAAUACCAAUACCAAUUUCUCUGUGUCAACGUGCUGGAGCCCAUUGAUAUUUUUUUGUAUUUUCUACAAAACACGAAUAAUAAUUGUACAAAA